CUGAUGCGUAGACGACAAAGGAAAACGGACAGUUCAUCGACGACGGGACUAUAAUUGUGUCACCACUACUAUAGCAGACGCACUAUAGAGCAUACAGAUCGCUGGAAGCUGAAGAAAAUGCGUUCGUACUAGCAACGUUUAUCAUCAACCCGCCGCAAGAAGCUGACCCUGAUCAGUUGCGUUUUCCAUCGACCUUUCCACCCUCGCGGUGUGCGUGAGUUCUAUUGCUUUAUUCGAAACGAAGAAGGAGAGGAUCGCAGGGGAGCACAUAACCGAUCGCACGAUCAAGUGCGGCGGCUAAGCGGCCCGCCAACACUCUUAAGGGUAAGGGUGCGUGAGUAGUGUGUUUGUGUGUGUCGUCGCGUGCGGAAGAAACGAUACCAAGGUGUUGAACGGUGGGUUGCUGGUAGAAACCUACGGAACACAUACGCUGCACGCGCUGCUAUGAUGGGUGGUAAGGAAGGCAACGGUUGCGGCAGUGGUCGGCUGCUGAUGCUACUGGUGGCGAUGGUGGUGCUACCGCUGACGCUGGUCCCGGUGCGGCCGGUUCAGGGGCGCCAGGAGUACUACUACGCAUACCAGGACCAGUACGAUGACGAUCUCUCGCUGUGGAUCGACGAGCAACAGGUGAAGAUCUUCAGCGGAGUAGCGAUGAAGAUUUACGCCAUCGACAACGGUCGCGUGUCACCGCACAUUCGAGAUCCCAACUUCAGCCAGUACCUGCCGAUGAUACCGUCCGAGGUGAGCUGCGUCAACUUCACCUGGAAGGCGGGUUCGAAGAAGUACUACUACAACUUCGAUCGGUUGAUGUCGGUCGACGAGAACAUCCUUAAGGCGCCGACCAUUUCGAUCAAGACGACAGGUCGCGUACCGAAGAACGCCAAGGAGUUCAGUGUGACCCUGCCAUGCUCCGGUAAUGUGUCAGGCGUCGCAAUGUUCAGCAUUGGACUCCUGAUACAGAGCCGGAAGGGCAAACCGCUCCCCGGGACGCCACUGCGUAUCAAACUGCGUAAGGAAUGUGCACAUAGAGGUGUGUAUGAAAGAACUUCUACUCUAACAUCCUCGCAAGGCCCAGAUCCGGAGUGUGACCAGAAAUGCGCCAACAAGGGGGUAUGCAACGAGGACAAGAUCUGCCAAUGCCCGGAGGGUUACAUGGGACAAUACUGCCAAACGGCGCUCUGCUAUCCGCAGUGCAUGAACGGCGGGAACUGUACCGCACCUGGCACCUGUUCCUGCCCCCCCGGCUACCAGGGUCGGCACUGUGAAGGAGGAAUUUGCGCAGAAAAGUGUCUGAACGGUGGCAAAUGUGUGCAGAAGGACAAAUGCGAGUGCACCAAAGGAUACUACGGGCUACACUGCGAGUUCUCCAAGUGUGUCAUACCGUGUUUGCACGAUGGAAAGUGCCGUGGGGUGAACAAGUGCCGCUGCAAGCCCGGACUUAGUGGGGAUCACUGUCAGAUUGGGCGCCGCCAGCGUUCGGCCUGCAAGAGACCGUGCAAACACGGCAUCUGCCAGCGCAAUCACACAUGCCAGUGUGAUAAGGGCUGGUACGGCCGACUGUGCAAUCAGCGUGAGAAGAAGCAACGCAUUGCCGGUGGCCGAAGGAGCAAGAGCAGUACGAUGGUCAACAUCACUACAUCGGCGAGUAGCUUCACCACCGACCUUACCAUCGGCACCAAACUUCCAAAGAUCUAAAAUGCAGCCAGUCAGCCAGCGAUUGUGGAUCUCUCUUCCUCCCUCCAUCUAUGUUUCUCUCUCUCUCUCUCUUUUCCGUCUUUUCUUUUCUUGAUGUAGAUGGUGCAAAACAGUGAUAAUAAAGUAAAACAGUUACGAACAAGU